UUUGGUUCCACAAGUGCACCGCGGAGUGGAACAACCAGUCCAUCUUUUUUUUCCUCUCUCUUCUCCAGGAGAAAAUGUCGGCACACGUCAGAUUUCUGCUCUGCCUGGGACUUUAUUCCCUGCUAAUGGGUGCGGUAAGGUGUGCUUGCAUCGGGAAGAGUCACGGCGACGGGAAGGACGACCCGGUGCUGCAGUACGUGACUAACCACUCGCUGAGGGAACAUCCAGUCCUCACCAAACUCAGACUGAGAACUCUCGAGGACCGAUGGAACAGAAUGAUGGUGGACAGUGAACAGGCCCAGCUCAUGGCGAAUCUCAUGAGACUGAUCAAUGCCACUAAAGCAAUUGAAAUUGGGCUGUACAUGGGGUACAACGCACUCAGCAUGGCUUUGGCCAUGCCGGUCGACGGACACGUGGUUGCGUGUGAAAUAGAAGAGGCGUACGUGGACAUCGCCAAACCAUUUUUUAAGGAGGCUGGCGUGGAGAAUAAGAUAGAAGUACGACUCCAACCGGCAAUGACCACGCUAAAUGAGCUGUUAGCAGCGGGAGAGAACGGGACCUUUGAUUUCGUCUUCAUCGACGCCGACAAGACCAGCUAUGAUGGAUAUUAUGAAAAGUCCUUGGAGCUCAUCCGCAAAGGAGGCAUUAUCGCUAUUGAUAACGUGCUGUGGAGUGGCAAGGUUGUGAAUCCGGCGCCGAAUGACGUGACUUCCAGGACUCUGGACGCUCUCAAUAAGAAGCUGCACCAGGACCAGAGGAUCGAGCUGAGCAUGAUCACUGUGGGGGAUGGGCUGACCAUCGCCAUCAAACGAUAAAACGGAACAUAAUGUCGAAUUAAAGGAUUAACAGCACUGGUUGUUUGCCACAUUUUCUAAACAAAGUUUUACAAAAAUGUACAAAACCAGUGAAGUUGGCACGUUGUGUCAAUGGUAAAUAAAAAGAUGAUUUGCAAA